GAAAUACUCUGCCAUGUCCAAUUUCAAGAAAACAACCUUAGCUGGUGGUGGCCGCAAAAAAACAGGCCCAAAGCCUGAACUAACAGAGGAACAAAAGCAAGAGAUCAGAGAAGCAUUUGAUCUCUUUGAUGCAGAUGGCUCAGGAACAAUUGAUGCAAAAGAACUAAAGGUUGCCAUCAGGGCUUUAGGCUUUGAGCCCAAAAAAGAAGAAAUCAAAAAGUUAAUAGCAGAAAUAGAUAAAGAAUGUACAGGUACAAUAGACUUUAAUGACUUUUUGACAUUAAUGACCCACAAAAUGUGUGAGAAAGACUCAAGAGAAGAAAUUAUGAAGGCAUUCCGUUUAUUUGAUGAUGAUGAAACUGGUAAAAUUUCUUUCCGCAAUCUCAAGAGGGUGGCAAAGGAAUUAGGAGAGAACAUGACAGACGAAGAGCUUCAGGAAAUGAUUGAUGAGGCAGACAGAGAUGGCGAUGGUGAGAUCAACCAAGAAGAGUUUUUGAGGAUCAUGAAAAAAACAAGUUUAUAUUGAUUCUGUCUCUCAGCUCUAACCUUAUUUGGACUUGUAAAUAAAUAUUUAAAAACCAUGAUAAUAUUAACACCUCCCUCCCCCACCGUUGUAAAAAAAAUAUCUUCUGUUAAUUUGUAAUAGAGUGGCCUUGUUUUGAAUUUUCUUUUUAAAUUUAUAAUUCUGCUUCGGAGUAUGUA